GUUGUCUGAUCGGUAGGAUUCAUCCUCAAGUUAGAGUAAGGGAUUCGAUUGUUUCUUCCCCACAGACGGCGCCAAUUGUGAGGGGUAAAACUCACACCUAGAUUUUAGACCAGGUUUUAUGUUUAGGAAAGGUUAGGGAAAGAUUACCGCGGGCUGAAUCCCGUAAGAACUUGAUGAAUGAACUUCGAUUUGUAUUGAUAUAAUAGAAAUGGGAUGGUUACAAAGAUGUUUCUUUUGAUGAUUACAAAGAUAAUAAAAAGGAUUGUAUCUUAAGAAUGUUUCGAUGAAUGUUAAGUAAAAUCUGAGUAGGAUCGGAUAUAUCUUCUUUCUUGACUUGCUUUCUCUUUAAAUAGCCUCAGGUCCCGUCGGUUGCUACCAACAGGUUCCCGAGAUCCUCUCCGUGAUUUGAGGGAUUUGUAACAGCUUCUCUUUGACCGGGUCCUGCGCCUAUUUACUUGUCCACGAGCUACCUCUUUGACCGGGUCCUGCGCCUGUUUACUUGUCAACGAACUGCCUCUUUUCCUUGACCUCUCUGAUGAACAUUUCCAGCUCACAGCCUCCGGAUCUGACUUAGCUGUUUUUGAAGAUUGAAUUCAUGAUGGGCCUUUCACUGUCUGUUAUCAUUUCUUAUUGUCUAUCACUAGCUAGGGGGUCAUAUUUGGGCCCAACAGUUCGUUUAGGUUAUGUAAUGGGAAAACAUCGCAGGUCUCUUGUGAAUGCGUUCCUGAGUCAGAGCCAGAAGGUGGCCAGUUACAGUAUAUUGGAUUCGUCUCAGGAUGGCAUUUCCAAUUCUUGGCAGCACCCAUUGAAAAUAAUUAUUCAUAUAUGUCAUUUUCAAACGAGGACACGAAUAUUCAAUCACAAACGCUUCUAGGGAAUACAGGAGCAACAAAACAUUACAAAAUCGCAACCAUCGUACUAGCCAGUGUACUAACAUCAGUAGCUGCUGCUUCAUUUCUUGUUGGUUCGUGUUGUUGUUACUUUUCUUCUCGGCGCAGAACAAGAGCACAAAAAGCUGAAGCGGAUACUACUGAAACAGAGGAUGGUGAUGGAGAAGAGAUGUGUGACCUAAGUCUACAUACAAUAAUAAGAGCAACCAAUGGUUUCUCUGAGGAUUACAAGAUAGGAGAAGGUGGAUUUGGUCCAGUUUAUAAGGCAAAGCUACCAAAUGGAGUGGACGUGGCGAUCAAAAGGCUUUCGAAAAGGUCAAACCAAGGUCUGAAGGAGUUCAAGAACGAAGUGCAAUUAAUCAACAAGCUUCAACACAGGAACCUAGUGAGACUUUUAGGACACUGCAUGGAAGAAGACGAGAAACUCCUUAUAUACGAGUACAUGCCUAAUAAGAGCCUUGAUGCUUUCCUCUUUGAUUCUAUUAAGCGUAGGGAAUUGGAUUGGGAGAAACGUAUGAAUAUAAUUGAUGGGACAACAAAAGGACUUCAGUAUCUGCAUGAAGACUCACAUCUUAAGAUAAUUCAUCGAGAUCUUAAGUCAAGCAACAUUCUUCUUGAUGAUGAGAUGAAUCCUAAAAUCUCCGAUUUUGGAACUGCUAGGAUUUUCGAUUGCAAACAGAUCAAUGACAGUACCCAAAGAAUCAUUGGAACGUAUGGCUAUAUGUCACCGGAAUAUGGGUUGGGCGGAAUAAUUUCAGAAAAAUCUGAUAUAUAUAGCUUUGGAGUUCUGUUAUUGGAGAUUAUAUCAGGCAGAAAGGCGAACAAGUUUGUUCAUAACGAUCACAACAGUCUCAUUAAUUAUGCAUGGCAAUCUUGGUGUGACACAAAAGGUGUUAGCACUGUAGAUGAAGCAUUAGGUGAUUCAUAUUCUUCAAAAGAAGCAAUGCGAUGCAUUCACAUUGCACUUCUUUGUGUUCAAGACCAUCCUAAUGACAGAGCGUAACUAGUGUGUGCCACUGAGCGUCAGUUAUGCCUGCAAGUCCUUGGCGAUCAGUUUCGGUCAGAGUAGAAUUUGCUCUGAUCUGUGUUGGUGAAGCAACUAUCUGAGAGGAGUUUACUUGUGUAGUGGUUGGUGACUCUGUAGUUGUUGUGUUGUUCUGUCCCCCUUGAUAGUUGUUUCUGGUUCGUGGUCGUGUUCCCCACCAUUCGGGAUAACCAAUGACGCGAAAACAUCCUGCUGCUUGAUGACCAAGACGACCACAAGCGGUGCAGGUGACAUUAGCGUCGGAUUGGUGUAACGAGGUCGAGAACCGCCGGAGUUUGAGUUUGAUUGUCUGGAGCUAUCAUAGCUCUGGUUCGUUUGUCGGUUAUUCGAAGAAGAAGACGACUGUGCUGGAGUUUGAGCCGCAAAGCUGAGCACUGCCUGUGGUUCUUUCUGCGAAUUCUGUUGAACUGUUUCGUUUUGGACGAUGGUUUGAUAGACGGUGUCAAGAUCUGGGAUUGGAAUCUGAGCACAAAUCUGUGAUCGUACGGCACCAUGAAUUGCGUCAUCAAGACCAAAUAGAAAGUC